AUGUACUUCCGACCGGGAUAUGUGGUGGUGAUUGUCGGGGCGAUACUGACUACAACGUCGACAAUCAUUGUAGCGUUGCGAUACUAUUGCCGAUACUUCCUCAUGGGAUCAGUCAGUGCGAGCGAUCAUCUCAUGUUCGUCGCUCUUGUGGUUACAUGGGGCAAUUUCGUCGUCAACUUCUAUCAAGAUGAGACGAGCAGCCAUUCCCGUCCAAGCUACCUGUACAAUCCAGAGAAGCGACCCGAGAUCGAGAUGCAAGUACGCGGGAAUCUCAUAUCAUGGUGGGUAUACCGCUUGACCUACACCAUUGGCCUUGGCUUCGUAAAGCUUAGUAUCCUCUUUUUCUACCGCGCCAUCGCCGCGAAUAAAACAUUCCGUCGGCUUGUAUACGCUACGAUCGCGUUCGUCUGCAUGUACACGUUCGCUGCGAGCAUAGCGUCUACCUUCCAAUGCGAAAACCCUUCCGACGCCUGGUCCACAGCCAACUACUUCGCACAGUUCGAUCGCGAUCCAAACACCAAGCGCAAGCCUGUCAAAUGCUUCGAUCCUAUCAAGCUGUGGGUGUUUUCGUCGGCCUCCAAUCUGAUAAGCGACGUAAUCAUCCUGAUGCUUCCUCUUCCGACACUGCUCAGUCUUCGCAUACCCAUGACCAAACGUCUAGCGCUCAUCGGCAUUUUCUCGGUCGGCAUCAUGGCUAUAACCGCAUCUUCCGUACGCAUGUGGGUUAUGAUGCUAUGGGCCGAGUCACCCUACAACUCUGCACGCUUUGGGAACGACAUGCUCUUGUGGGGUCAGGUUGAGACCAACAGUGGCAUCAUCUCCUCAUCUAUACCCUUUCUCCGUCUCUUAUUCCGUAGUAAGCAAAAGGACGAGCGAAGUGUAACGCCAAGAAAGGUCAGCAAACCUCCAUCGAUACCUCUCCAGAUCGAUGCCUUCAGCCAGCAUAAAGCGCUCGAUAUGGGCGAAUGGCCGCUCCCGGAUGAGAAGAGAGCCGCGGAGAAUUCUAACUGCUUCAUUACAAUACAUGCAGAGACGGUCCGUAAUAGGGGUUCCAGCUGGGGUCCCUUUAUCACAAUACCGGAAAGCCUCAGCUCAGGUAGCAGAGGCGAGACACUGCUAGAGCCUACACACCACCCACACAUGACGGUUUGA